AUGAGUGGGGGCCGCUUUGACUUUGAUGAUGGGGGAGCAUACUGUGGGGGCUGGGAGGCCGGCAAGGCCCACGGGCACGGACUGUGCACUGGCCCCAAGGGCCAGGGUGAAUACUCAGGCUCCUGGAACUUUGGCUUUGAAGUAGCCGGUGUCUACACCUGGCCGAGCGGGAACACCUUCGAGGGACACUGGAGCCAGGGCAAACGGCAUGGGCUGGGCAUAGAGACCAAGGGGCGCUGGCUCUACAAGGGUGAGUGGACUCACGGCUUCAAAGGACGCUAUGGGACCCGGCAGAGCAGCAGCAGCGGUGCCAAGUAUGAGGGCACUUGGAACAAUGGUCUGCAGGACGGCUAUGGCACGGAGACUUACGCUGAUGGAGGCACUUACCAAGGCCAGUUCACCAACGGCAUGCGCCACGGCUACGGAGUGCGCCAGAGCGUCCCCUACGGCAUGGCCGUGGUGGUGCGCUCGCCGCUGCGCACGUCGCUCUCGUCCCUGCGCAGCGAGCACAGCAACGGCACCCUGUCCCCGGACUCGCCCGCCUCGCCGGCCUUCGACGGGCCCGCGCUGCCCUCGCCCACCAUCCCGCGCGGCGGCUUCGCGCUCAGCCUCCUGGCCAACGCCGAGGCGGCGGCGGCGGCGCGGGGGUCCAAGGGCGGCCUCUUCCAGCGGGGCGCGCUGCUGGGCAAGCUGCGGCGCAGCGAGUCCCGCACGUCCCUGGGCAGCCAGCGCAGCCGCGUCAGCUUCCUCAAGAGCGAGCUGAGCUCCGGGGCCUCGGACGCCGCCUCCACCGGCAGCCUGGGCGAGGGCGCCGAGGGCGCGGACGAGGCGGCGCCCUUCGAGGCCGACAUCGACGCCACCACCACCGAGACCUACAUGGGCGAGUGGAAGAACGACAAGCGCUCGGGCUUCGGCGUCAGCGAGCGCUCCAGCGGGCUCCGCUACGAGGGCGAGUGGCUGGACAACUUGCGCCACGGCUACGGCUGCACCACGCUGCCCGACGGCCGCCGCGAGGAGGGCAAGUACCGGCACAACGCGCUGGUCAAGGGCACCAAGCGCCGCGUGCUGCAGCUCAAGAGCACCAAGGUGCGCCAGAAGGUGGAGCACAGCGUGGAGGGUGCCCAGCGCGCCGCGGCCAUCGCGCGCCAGAAGGCGGAGAUCGCCGUCUCCAGGACAAGCCAUGCAAGGGCUAAAGCUGAGGCAGCAGAGCAGGCUGCCCAGGCUGCCAACCAGGAAUCCAGCAUUGCCAGAAACCUGGCCAGAGAGCUUGCUCCAGACUUCUACCAGCCAGGUCCAGAAUACCAGAAGCGCAGGCUGCUCCAGGAGAUCUUGGAGAACUCGGAGAGCCUGCUGGAGCCCCCGGAGCGGGGCCUGGGUGCCACUGGGCGUCCGGAGCGGCCACGCGAGAGCCCGCAGCUGCAUGAGCGGGAACCCUCUCGACCCGCGGGGUUCCCCCCGUCGCCGGCGGGGACACCCCCGCAGCCCAAGCGGCCGCGGCCCGGGGCGACCAGGGACGGGUUGCUGAGCCCCGGCGUGUGGAACGGCCAGUCUGGGGGCGCCGAGGGCAGCCGACCCGUGUCCCCCGCCGACGCGGGCGGGGGCCGCCGCAGCCCCGCACGGCCGCCCACGGAGCACAUGGCGAUCGAGGCUCUGCAGCCGCCGCCGCCCGCCACGCAGGAGUCCGAGGUCGCGCUGUACCGGGGCUAUCACAGCUACGCCGUGCGCACCGGGCCCGCGCCGCCGCCGCCCGACGACGACGAGCCGCAGCCCGACUCCGCGCCCGCAUCCCCGGCCGCCCCGCCGCCCGCGCCCGCGCCCGAGCCCCCGGCCAAGCUGGAGCCCAAACCCAUCGUGCCCAAAGCCGAGCCCAGAGCCAAGGCCCGCAAGACGGAGGCCAGGGGGCUGAGCAAGGCCGGGGCCAGGAAGAAGGUGCGCAAGGACGCGGCCGACUCUGAAGCCGACGUGGAAGUGGAGGAGGUUCCUAACACAGUCCUCAUCUGCAUGGUGAUCCUGCUCAACAUUGGCCUGGCCAUCCUCUUCGUUCAUCUCCUAACCUGACCUUCCUACCAGGUUCUGACUCCUGCUGAGGACACAGCCACAGUGCCUGGCAGCUGGCUGAGGACUAGACACAGACCUGGAGCCAGAGCCCAUAGCACACAGCACCCAGGAGUCCCCUGAGGCAGCACCCUGGAGUGCCCAGGAAUAGGAGAUGCUGGGCACCCUCUGGACCUCGUACCCAGAGGCAGGAAAAUCCUGAAGGGCAUACCCUGGGCCUUGAGUGCUCCAUCUGCCAUUUUCUCUACACCUCUUUUCCUGGCACCCCCAC